UGGACCUCCUGGAGCUGCCUGACACCUCCCACCCACAGCAGGCAUCCCCCAAAGCCCCUUUCUGUACUUCCAGCAGGGUCCUGACUGUAGCACAUUCCCAGAGUGCGUCCCCAGUGCUCUCCCUGGUCCCAGGCCUGUUCCCAUGGAUCUGCAGCCUCCAGAGCUGCCCUGACUUGCUUGCAGAAGGUCUUUGUGCUCCUGCCUGUGCUGGAGGCAAUGCCUGGUGUGGGUACCAGUGGGACUGGUCACGUUUCCGGUGUCAUGUGCUGUCCAUGACGGAUGGCAGAGCCAGUUUUUCUGCUCCAAAAGUGGGACUGGGGAGGAGACCGCAACCCUCAAAUACCCGGAGCCCUGGCUGCUGCCAGCCAGGCAUCGAGGAGAUCACUUCUUUUUCAGCUCCAGGUCCUCUCUGCUCCCUAGGUGUGACUGUCUCGUGCCCCAGAGCUCUCUGGUUUGGUGAAAUGUCGACAAUCCUGAAAUGGUUUGGACGGGAGGAUAAGGAGAAAGAGGAGGACAAAAAAGAGAAGGAAGAAAAGGAGAAGGAAAAGACUGAGGGAGAAAAAGAGAAGGAGAAGCAGAAGAGGAGGAAGAAGGAAGAAGAAAAGCAGGGAGAAGGGGAAGAGGACAGGAGCAGCAGCAGCUCUGACAGUGACUCGGAGGAGGACCAAGGCAUUGCCAAGGAUGAGGAGAAGGAAGACAAGGAUUAGUCUUGCAGCAGUGCAUGCCCUGGGCGUGCCAUGGAGGUGGAGAUGGAAAUGGCAGCUUGGGCUGGAGAGUGA